AUGCAUCAGCAGGGGGAAAGUUCGGUCAUUAUUAGUUUACGGUUAAAGCUCGAAUUUUUCUAUUCAGCUGUCAGUAAACCUUCAUCAGUAACUAUACAUGGCUAUCCGAAAAUAAUUGGCACUAUACUCUACGAUCGAUUUGCAAGUAUUAAAAUUAUGUUGGUUUUUCGUCAAUUUAUCCUGCCACAAAUUAUGUCAUGGAUUUGUGGACCUUUAGGCAUCAUAGCGAAUUCCUAUAUUUUAUACUUGACUUGGCAAAGGUUAAAUAUACAGCAACAUCCAGGUGUAUUACUAAAUAUAUUCUCUAAUGGUAAAUAUAUGCGAAGUAAUCGUACAAACCAGCCGUAUAAUCUACGUCGUGGUCAUAUUGCAAUGGGUAAAGUUGCUUGCUUAUUAUUUUUAAAUUUAAGUGUAUCCGAUAUGUUGGCAUCGUUAUACUUGACUGUACUAGCAGGCAGUGAUGCAUACUAUCGUCAGAUUUAUGUAUCUCGCAAUAUCACUAAUUUAACUCAUAAUAUUUAUCCAGAUGUUAUUGAUCUUUUCCAGUGGAAAUUGCAGCCAGCAUGCUAUGUAUUACGAUUUCUAACUACUACUGCCUCCAUAGCUUCAGUUAAUAUUGCAUUAAUUAUUACAAUUGACCGAUUUAUUCUUAUCAUUUUUCCGUAUCAACCUGAUAAACGAUUUACACUUAAACGUGCUAGCUUUGCUGUCGUAAUCAUAUGGAUUUAUUCUAUUUCAUGCGGCAUUCUUGCUAUUCUCUUAGCUAAAUUUACUGUACCUCAUCAUAAUACAUUUACAACAUGGUAUAGCUCACUGUGUAUAUUAGAUAGCUUACAAAACAAGUAUGUUAUCUUUAUGACCGCUUAUAUUGGCAUUAGCAAUGUUGUGAUAUAUUCUCUAAUAUGCACUAUCUACAUGAUUAUAAUUGCUAAAACAAGAAGUUAUCGUUCAACAAUUGCUGCUAAUCGGCAGCAAAACAAUGGAACUCAUCAAUCUCAAUAUCGUAUCCAUAAAUUAAAUAAUAUUUAUGUAGGUGUCGUGAUUAACGGCUUAAUUAUUAUAACUAAUAUUACCUGUUGGUUACCUUCGGCCAUAACAACAAUACUUUAUUCUGUUGGUUAUGAUAAGUUAAGCCGUGAAAACUUCGCUUUUCGCGGUAUAAUGACCGCUCUACUUUAUUCUACUAAUGGUUUAAUUAACCCAAUUAUAUUUUUAGCUAUGUCGACAUUAAUGACACGAAAACGCCGAAGCAAUAGAAUUAAUAACUCCAAAGAUAAUCAACUAUAA